UUUUGUAGCGCGCUUUAUCACCGGGGUCCCAGGUGCAUCUCAGUCGUUUAACCUGACAUUUAAACGUCUUAAACUCGCUGUGAAAUCCAGGGACGAUUCCUCCUGUUCGAGCUCUGCAUCUCUGCGUUCUCUUUCGCGAGCUAGCGCGCUAGUUAGCCGCCGUGCUAACGGCCAGGUUUCACUCAUGUCCUCUGAGGAAGGAUUGCGCUCUGCGAUCACCGAUUGGCUUUUCGUCAAUUCUUGGUGGAUCCUUCUGCCGUUCAUCAUGCUUCUGGUGAUCGCUGCUUUCAUUGUGGCCUUUGUGUUGCUGUUAUACAUGAUAUCGCCUCUGAUUAGCCCCAAACCUCUGAAAUUAAACGGGGCCCACGUCGUGGUGACAGGAGGUUCAAGUGGGAUCGGGAAAAGUAUUGCAGUCGAGUGCUACAGACAAGGAGCCUUCAUCACUUUGGUGGCUCGGGAUGAGGUUAAAUUGCUUCAUGCAAAGAAGGAGGUGGAGAAAUUUGCCGUUAAUGACAAGCAGGUGGUGCUCUGUAUAUCAGUGGAUGUUUCCAGCGACUAUAGUCAAGUGGAAAGUGUGAUCAAACAGGCUCAGGAGAAACUCGGGCCUGUUGACAUGCUUGUGAACUGUGCUGGAACAUCGAUUUCUGGAAAGUUUGAAGAAGUGGAGGUGGAUCGCUUUAAAAGGCUGAUGGAGGUGAACUAUCUGGGCAGCGUGUACCCGACGCGUGCGGUCAUCACCACCAUGAAGGAGCGAAGAAUGGGCCGCAUCAUGUUUGUGUCUUCCCAAGCGGGGCAGAUUGGCCUGUUCGGCUACACAGCUUAUUCCCCGUCUAAGUUUGCCCUUCGGGGCUUGGCAGAGUCUCUGCAGAUGGAAAUAAAGCCAUAUAAUAUCUACGUGACUGUGGCCUACCCCCCUGACACAGACACUCCAGGAUUCACUGAGGAAAAUAAGACAAAGCCUCUAGAGACAAGGUUAAUCUCAGAAACCUCUGGAGUUUGUCAGCCAGAACAAGUGGCUAAAAUCGUAGUCAAGGAUGCAGUGCAAGGGAACUUUAACAGCUCUGUAGGUCCAGAUGGAUACAUGCUGUCAGCCCUCACCUGUGGAAUGUCACCUGUCACCUCCAUCACAGAAGGUCUCCAACAGAUUGUGACCAUGGGCCUGUUUCGCACCAUCGCUCUUUUCUACCUGGGAAGUUUUGACAGCAUUGUUCGCCGCUGCAUGAUUCAGAGGGAGCAGUCGAAAGCAGCCGACAAGAGGGAGUAGAUGACUCCAAAUGAAGCCUUACCUGACCUGCUCCUCCUCCUCCUCCUCAUUCCAUCCAUCCAAAAGGCUUGUGUGCAUCUCUCACAUCUGAACAGAUGGGAUUAAAAGAAACUUCUAGGUGUCUCCUCUUGUUGAUUGACGGUAACUCUUCUGUAAAUUUAACAGCAUUUUAAAGUGUCCAUGUGCAUCUUUUGUAGGAGCUGCCAUGUGUUAGGGGAACAAAGAGGUCACAUGACCAACUGACAUUCAACAUAAUGAGCCUCUACUGGCACACUUUUUUUUAAACUGCAAAGAUGAAAAGCAACAGAUCAUUUGUCUGACCAUUUGUGCCAAAAAUGUCUCUACUUUCCUUCCCAGCAGGGGACACAGUGUAAACCCAAAUCAUAACUCUCACCUCCUGCAUGCACCACAAAACUAGAUCCACUUUGUAUAACUUUAAAUCGUUUGGGGGGGGUCAAUUAAAUAGGCCCCUUCUUUGCUUUUAGUCCCACAAGUCUUUGCUGGCAAAGCACCCUUCCUUUUUUUAUGUUUAAUCUCGGCACAUUGAACCAGUUGUGACCCCUCAGCCUUCUGUUUGUGCUGUAGGAUAUUUUGCUCAUGUUCUGUGCGUGAACUCCACUGAUGGUACGCCUCCCAAAGAGGAUGCAAUAUUUUUUGUUUUAUUUUAUGAAUGCAUUUACAUAAUUUUACAUAUACACAAACACACACAAUCACAAUAUACAUCUCCAGAAAUUUUUCCAUGCAGGAUUUUGGGGUGAGAUGUCUGCAUGUGUGUCUGUCUGCUGUGACUGAGCCAAACUCCUGGGAGAGAAAAGCCAUUGAAUUUUAUUGUCGUGGGAAUAAUUGCACUAAAUGAUCUUAUUGCCCCACAGUGUCUUUGAGGAAAGCCAUCAGAAGAGUAAGUGUAAAAGGAAUUUGGUUUCAAGAAGAUCUGAAUUUGAAUCAGCUGUAAAUUUAAUUUAGAUUUCAAAUAGAAAAUUUCAGGUUUACAACCAGCGUGCAUAUAUCCAGAAUGCAGCAUUCAGCUUGAUCAGAUUUAAUUGAUAAAAUUCAGAUUUAAUCAGUUAUUUGGGGGAUGCUUUAUUAACUAACUUUUCUGAUAUGAGCGGGUAUUUACGGCUUCAAGCAAGUGAAUGAUGGGUUGGGGGGGAGAUGCAGACAGAAGAUUACAUUACAUUUUGUCCAUUCCUUCUUUGAAGAUGUGAAAGUUUAUCGUAUUAUUUCAGUGCAGUUUUACGUGCUGGUGCACGUGUUUAAAGAUCCCGGUGAGAUCUGUAUUCUGCAGGGGUGGGGCAAGACUUGCUGGUUCGAGUCAUGCCCCUGUUGGUCUAGUGAGGGCGCUAGAGAUUUGUUUUAAAUGUAGGCCAAAACACAGCGAUGCAGGAACAGAACAUCUCACUGAUUUUGACCUCUUUUUGAGUUUGUAACUCUGAAUAAUAUCAGAUUCCUCUGGUUUUGUGAAAAGUUUGGAAAAGUCUCUUUUUAAAUGAAGGUUCAUAUAGAUGAAGAAAAGUACAAUAUCAACUCAUUUAAGUCUUCGUUUGGUCCAUCACAUAAGGGAAGAAUGUACUUUUAAUACAAAGCAUACAAACAAACUUAUUUAAAAAAAAAAAUACAUAAUUGAACUGCAAAAUGUGUUCUGAUAAUUUCCACAGAUGCAAUGCAUUUACUUUGAGAUUUGAUGUUGCUGCUCUGUAACGCCGUGGAGCGGUGUGGGCGCCCACUCUAAGCCUUAAGAAGCGACUGCUGGUGAAUCUAAUGCUACAAGAAUGGACCUGUCCACAUGCGGUUUACCUGUUCACGUCAUAUGGAUUUUGAGUAUAAACAUGCCAAGUGUUUUGUGUAAUUUAACUCCAACAUUUUUAUGACACACAAAGAAAAAAAGCCUUAUUGAAACCCAAAAUAUGAAAGUGAGAAUGGAUGACUCGUUUUGGAUGAUGUUCUCAUUUGAUAUUGGUUAAAGGUGUGCUGUGUUGCAACUGUUGUGGUAAUACCGGUCGUUGUAAUAGUUAUUACAAUAGUGGGAGAAAUAGCUCGCAAAACUCAACCGCUAUCACAAUAAUCAUUAUAGUGGGAGAAAUGGCUUGAGAAACUGGAUCGCUUUCAUCGUAAUUAUUACGACAGUGGGAGAAAUGGUUUGCGAAACUCCUCAGGCAUCGUAGCAAUUAAGAAGAACUUUAUUCAUCCCAAAGGGAAUUGUUUAUGAUACUGCGAGAAAUGGCCCACGCAACUUAACAGCUAUCGUAGUAUGUUACGACAGUGGGAGAAAUGGCCUACGAAACUUCACAGCUAUCGUAGUAGAUUAUUAUGAUAGUGGGAGAAAUGGCCUACGAAACUCAACCGCUAUUGUAGUAAUUAGGAGAAAUGGCUCAGAAAACUGGACUGCUAUUGUAGAAAUUAUUACAAAAGUGGAAGGAAUAGCCCGCAAAACUCUACCGCUAUUGUAGUCAUUAUUACGAUGAUGGGAGAAAUGGCCCAUGAAACUCUACUGCUAUCCUAAUAAUUAUGAGAAAUAGCUUGCAAAACUUUAUCGUUAUCGUAGUAAUUAUUAUGAUAGUGGGAGAAAUGGUGUGCGAAACUCGACCGUUAUCAUACUAAUUAAUACAACUGUGAGAGAAAUGGACUGUGAAACUCGACCGCUAUUAUAGUAAUUAUUACGAUAGCGGGUGAAGUGAUUGGGGAAACUCUAUUGCUAUCGUAAUACUUAUUGCAGCGGGAGAAAUGGUUUGAGAAUCUUAACCACUGUGGUUAAGCUUUCUGUGUAAUUUUGCCCUCUUGUGACAAUUGAGAAAGUGAUUAUCUGACAAAUCUGUACACAGGCUCCUUUUAAUGAAAAAAAAAAACCUGUUACAUUAAUAAUGUUAUAAUAGAGGCUGAAGUAGCGAUGCUUUCUUGCCUG